AUGGUGUUAAGGCUAAUUUUAGGUGAGGUAGUGACAACAGUAAUUUGGGCGUACACGCCACAAGUGGGACUAGGAGUUGAAGAAAAGGGAGAUUUUUGGGACUGCCUAGAUGCAGUGGUGAGGGCCAUACAUAGGAAGGAGAGAAUCUUUAUAGGAGGCGAAUUUAAUGGGCAUAUUGGUAAGGAGAACGAUGGUUUUCGGUCAGUAUAUGGGGGUUUUGGGUGGGGUGAUAGGAAUGACUCGAGAAGGGAUCUUUUAGAAUUUGCAAUCGCCCACGGAUUAGAUGUCAAGGCCAAAAUAAGGGAUAAGAAGGAUAGUCUUAGGGUUCUUUUAAGGUUCACAGAUGAGGAUGAGAGAGUAAGGUUGAGAGAGAGAUAUACAGUGGCAAAGAGGGAGGGGAAGAAGGGAGUGACAGAAGCAAAGAACAUAGCCUAUAAGAGGAUGUAUGGACGCCUAGAAACUAAAGAAGGGGAGCAUGAUAUGUUUAAGAUUGCUAAAGCUAGGGAGCGGCGAAGACAAGAUUUACAAGUAGUGAAGUUUAUAAAAGGAGAGGAUGAACGUGUUUUAAUCAAAGAACAUGACAUUAAGCUAAAGUGGCAAACCUACUUCCAUAAUAUUUUCAACAACCAAAGGGCGCAUCAACAGGAAAGCGAAAACACAACCACUCAAAGGCAAAAACAAAAUACUUGCUACUAUAGGGGUAUCAUGCAAGGAGAGGUGAAGACAACACUUAGGAAGAUGGGAAGGGCUAAGGCAGUUGGUCCUGACAACAUACCGAUAGAGGCGUGGAAGUGUUUAGGGGAGGAAGAAAUUCAUUGGCUAACUAGUUUGUUGAACCUUAUUUUCAAAUCUGGAAAAUGCCAUAUCAAUGGAGGAGUAGUGUCAUAG